AUGGCCACCACCACCGACAACCACACUCCUCCUACCACAACAACCACUACAACCAACACCACCACAACGACAACAAUAACCCGCCACUCCUUCACCAAAUACUCCCAAACAACCUCGUACCUCGCCGCCGGCCCCGAGACGGGCCCCCUCUUGAUUUUCAUCCACGGCUGGCCCGCCCUCGCCGAAACAUGGACACCCCAACUCGAAGCCUUCUCAGCACUACACUUCCGGUGUAUAGCCCCCGACCUGCCCGGGUACGGCAAGUCGGAGGUAUCAAACGCCAAUUCUUCGCAGGACCACUCGCUGUACACGCUCCAGAACGUAGUGACCCAACUGGUCCACCUGCUCAAGCACGGCCUCCAGCGCGAGGAAGCCAUCUGGAUAGGCGGAUCGGGCCACGACUGGGGCGCCGCCGUCGUGUGGGCCCUCGUGGCGCACCACCCGGAGGUGUGUCUGGGUGUCGUGAACAUGGCCAUCCCUUACCGCACGCUGGAGAUGGGCGGGCCGCGCGAACUGGUCAAGUACGCCAACCGCGACGUCUACCCGGAGGACGAGUAUCCCUUUGCGCAGUGGGCUUAUCAGGCUUGGUAUGAGAAGUUGACAAAGGACGAGUUUGCACAGGCCGUCGCCGUGUUUGACGGCGACGUCGAGGCGUUUUUGAAGGUGUGUUUUGCGAAAAGGCCGCACCAGCUGCUGCUGCUGCUGUAUGGCAGCGGCGGCGGCGAUGACGAAAACAACAACAACAACAACAACGAGGGGCAGAAGCACCUGGACGCCAGUGCCGCCGACAUCAAGAACAAACCCGCAUACACGGCCCAUGUGCUCAAGAAUGGAGGCUGGUUCGGAGGAGGAGGAGGAGGCCCAGACGCCGCUCCGCCCCAAAUCCCCUUGGCCGAGACUUUACUUUCCGAGGACAUGCUCCGCGCCAUGGUCGCGGCGUUUGACGACGAGGGCGGCGGGUUCUGGGCCCCGACGGCGUAUUACCUCAACCAUGACGCCAAUCUGAAGUGGUGCGAGGAUUGGUCGGUCAACGAUGGCGUCGUCUCCGUGCCGGUCCUGUUCGUCGAGUGUUUGGCCGACGUCGUGGCUGGGACGUAUAAUAAUUCCAGGUUGAAGGAUCCCAUGGAGGCCUACUGUCGGAAAUUGACGACCGUGGCGAUUGAUGCCGGUCAUUGGGUCGCGCUGGAGAAGCCUCAGGAGACCAACGCCGCGAUCCUGAGGUGGAUUGCCAGGGAGAUUCCAGAAGAGAGGGGUUGGCCGUACGGCAAGAAAAACCCGCUCAAGAAGAAUGUGUAG